GUUCGCUCAGCAGCGUACGUGGCCUUAGGGCUGCUGGAGCCUUUCAUCAAAAUCGGGGGUACAGACAAAAAAGGGACAGAAGAGGAGAGGAGUGUGACAGGGACAGGAUAACCCGAGUGAAGGAGAGGAGCAGUGCCAGUGACCGCAGCGCGGGACUCGACAUGGGGACGGGGGCAAGUGACCCCCCAGAGUGGUCCCUGUCUCCUGAAGAGGGUGAAAAACACUUGCUGUCACUACAGACAGUGUGUCUGCAGGCAGAGGAGGAGGACUUGGAGGGAGUCUGCCAGAUAACUGCCCACCCGCAGAAGGGGGUGGCCAUGGCAGCGCUGGCCGGGGCAGUUGUGGUGCAGACGGUGGUGCAGCAGGGGCAGGGUGUGCUGCACAACGUGCCAGCAGGCAUGGGUGUAAGUGUGCGGGAAGGUGUCUGUAUUUUUUAUGACUUAGGGCUGAUGCAGAUUAACGUUUUGCAAGAAAAAGGGCAAGCAAAGAGUUCAGAAAGCAAGCCAACAGAGAAACCACCAGACAUGCUACUGACUGAGAGCCAGAGCUGCAAAGCCAGUGAUGAUUUGGCAGACUCGUGCGAUGAAGGUAAAGAGCAGGAAUAUGCAACUCCAUCAGAACAAACAGUUGUAAGAAAUCCCAAGAAUCUAAAAUUUCAGAUUUGUGCUCCACAUCGGAAAAAAGGAGAAAAAGCAGUUUUCAGCUGUGGUUUGUGCACAUUCACCUCACUCAGAAUAUCAAGUCUUAAUCGUCAUGUGAAAACCCAUUCUGAUGAGAAACGUCAUGUGUGUCACCUCUGCCUUAAGGCUUUUCGUACAGCUACCCUCCUGCAUAAUCAUGUGAACGUACAUACAGGGACCAGACCCCAUAAAUGCAGUGACUGUGAUAUGGCAUUUGUGACCAGUGGUGAGCUUUCACGACACAGGCGCUACAAGCAUACUUUAGAAAAACCUUUCAAGUGUUCAGUGUGUAAAUAUUCUAGUGUAGAAGCAAGCAAAAUGAAACGACACAUUCGCUCACACACAGGAGAGCGUCCUUAUGCCUGUGACCUUUGCAGUUACGCUAGCAAAGAUGCAUAUAAACUGAAAAGGCACAUGAUAACUCAUUCAGGUGAAAAACCUUAUGAAUGUUAUGUUUGCCAGGCCAAAUUCACGCAAAGUGGUACCAUGAAAAUCCAUAUGUUACAGCAGCAUGGAGAAAAUGUGCCAAAAUACCAGUGUCCACAUUGUAGUACCUUUAUUGCACGAAAAAGUGACUUGGGUGUCCACUUGCGAAAUCUGCAUUCCUACAUGGCAGUGGCAAUUAAAUGCAGUUAUUGUGAAGCUGUUUUUCAUGAGCGCUAUGCUCUUAUUCAGCACAAGAAGACUCAUAGAAAUGAAAAAAGAUUCAAAUGUGAUCAGUGCAGCUACGCAUGUAAGCAG